GCAAACAUGACACAGCUGCAGUCGCAUCGAUCAGACCGCUACAAGCACUGCCGAAACACAACUCUCAGCAGCAUAAACCAAAGCCAUAAAAAGAUGACGUGCAGUGGAGUGACGUACGAGGGUGCCUACAGCAGUACCAGCGGGAGAAGAAAACGAAUAUGUACGAAUAGGUUUCCGGUCACACUUGCUCUGCUAACACUUGUAUCGUGCUGGCCUGAGGCAGCUGGGCUUGAUCCGAAGUUCGAUCCAUCCACCAGGAUGCGAUUGGUGCUGGUGCCAGCAGAUGCAACCGUUGGUUCCGUUAUUUACCGGUUGCGAGCUUCCGACGAGGAGUUUGAAUAUCCGCUACAAUUUGAGCUAGCCGGAGAUGCGUCGUCGUCGACGGUACAGAUUGAAACGUUACCCUGCACCAAGUUCAAUUCCAUCUGCCAGGCGAAUGUGAUACUAACGCGUCGGCUAGAACCGGGCCGCUACUAUGACUUCCAGGUGUCGGUUAAGGACACUAAGGGUGGCAUGUCCAUACAGAGCUGCUCGAUCACUGCCACCAAUUUUACCACACCGCACGAUAUCAUUUUUCCACACAAAGCGGGAAUCAUCAUGGUCCCAGAGGAUGCUAAAAAAGGGACUGAGCUAGACUACGUGCUGGCCAAUAAAAACCCUUUGUUCCAGAAACCUGUCUAUCUGGAGCUAUGGGGCUCACCAUUGUUUGGGAUUCGGCAAAAGUUUAUAUCGCCCGAAACGGCUGAAGGUACCAUCUUCCUUCUCGGCCAGUUAGACUUCGAAAAGCAGGCAAUGUACCAUCUAACGGUGUUGGCAAACGAUGCGUAUGCCGAACCAGGUCAAGAUACGCGAAAUAUUGCCGGGCUAGAGGUGGUGGUCAUUGUGGAGGACGUGCAAGAUGUGCCACCUGUAUUUACGGUAGCACCACCAGUUACUCGGCUUCCGGCCGGACUCAUACCCGGCGACAAGGUUCUGCAAGUGCAUGCUGAAGAUGGUGACAAGGGAGUACCACGUGAGAUACGGUACGGGUUAGUAUCCGAGGGUAAUCCGUUUACAUCGUUCUUUGACAUCAACGAGACGAGUGGUGAAAUAUCUCUACUACGACCACUGGACGAUAUACUGGCCCUCACACAUGCUGGUGACCCUGUCCUGUUGACUGUGAUCGCGGAAGAGGUGAAAGUAAGCCGAGAUGAACCACCUGCAAUGGCUACGACAGUGCAGCUUGCGUUCUUCCUGCCCGAACGUAGUAACUCUCCGCCGUAUUUCGAGAAUGACCACUAUGUUGCUCGACUGGAGGAGAAUGCUGCUCCGGGUACGGUGCUGGCUUUCACUGAUCCAUAUACACCACGCGUCAUGGAUGAUGACGCCGGUAAAAACGGUGUGUUCUCGUUGACACUGCUCGGUAACAAUGGCACGUUCGAGAUCUCACCGAAUGUUGCCGAAGGACAUGCAAACUUUGUUGUGCGCGUCCGGGACAAUACCCGGCUCGAUUACGAAACCGCCACAUACGUCCACUUCCAAAUUCUCGCACAAGAACUCGGACCCGCCACCAACCUGUCGACGCUGGUCAACGUCACCGUAUACCUAGCAGACGUUAACGAUAAUGCGCCUGUGUUCGAGCAGAACGACUACAUCGUCGAUCUUCCUGAAAACAUGACAGCAGGCACAAGGGUAGUGCAGGUGCACGCCACCGACGUCGAUACAGCUGGACUCGGUGGUCGUGUACGGUAUACGCAGAUCCUUGGUCCACACAACACCUCGCUGAAUUUGGAUCCCGCUUCCGGUGUGGUAACGGUCGCGAUUAACAAUCAUGGAUUUGAUCGUGAGGCGAUGCCGGAGUAUCAUCUGUACGUGGAGGCACGGGAUGACGAUGGUAUCGGUAACCGUGCCCAAGUGCCACUCGUUAUUCGCUUGAUUGACGUUAACGAUGAAACACCCACCUUCGAAAAGCCGCUGUACGAGUUUAUUCUGGCGGCAGAUUUGCGAAACUUUACCGUGCCCGCGUUUAUACGAGCAACGGACGCAGAUGCUGAAGCACCAAACAAUGAAGUUCGUUACGAACUCAUCUACGGCAACUACGAAAAUAAGUUCUUCCUACAUCCGAUAACCGGCGAGCUUAAACUGAACGCACCGCUUGUGCCACGCACCAGUUCCCAGUCAUCGGUGGGUAGUUUACGACGACGCCGGCAAACUGCUGGCGUUUUACCGCCAAAUCUCGCUUCCACCGGUACCAAUAGUCAACAGCAACAAAAGGAGACGGACGUGUUCGUGCUGACAGCACGAGCAUUUGAUCUGGGUGUACCGGUACGCUACUCCACUGCGACGAUUCGCGUCUAUCCGCCAGAAAGUCGUACCCGAACGGUCACAUUCAUCGUCCCGGGCAGUGAUCCGGACCGGAAGAAGGUGCAGGACACACUAGCCGAUAUUACUGGCGGGCGUGUCAUCAUCCAGGAGGUGCGUCCUUAUCGCACAGGUGAUGGUGGCAUCCCGACAGACCUUAACGGCGCUAGUGGAGGGGACAGUGGCUCCGAGCGUUCGGUUGUAAUCGCGACGAUACUCUACGAUGCCGACUCGGUAGUGGAUAUCGCAAAGAUUCAGCAGCGCCUAUCCAUCAACGGCACGGUAACUAACAUCAUUAGCCAGGAGGAACGCAGCGCUAUCCUUUACAAAGCCGAAAACCGUGUGCUGUUCUGGCUGCUUAUCUUUCUCGCGAUACUGUUGGCACUUGGCAUCUUGACGCUGUUACUUUGUUGCAUCUGCCCAAGGUGUCCACUCAAUGCUACCAAUCGAAAAAGAAUACUUCGCGUGAAUAAUAUCGAAGAUGAUGUACAUCUUGUUCAUAGAAAGCAAGGAAUUGGAAAGCAAUCCAAAUCUGUGCAGGUCGCCGAAUGGAUGGGACGGAGAGAAGCCUGGUCAGCAGCGAAUCGAUCGACCGAUUCCCGUACCAAACCGACGCAUUGGGAGUACCGAGGACGGCGCGACAUUGGCAAAGGCACACUAGCGGCAGGGACCGGGGACGACGGGGGAGACAAUCGGGAUGGCGAACCGGACAACCACGAGGACGAAAGCGGCAACGACGGCAAUGAACGGAAGCGAGCAAAUGAUGGCGGGAAGCUAGAGAAGCAUACAGUUAAAAUUAGGAGUGAUAUGAAGAAUAAAUCUACCAAGGAUGAUACGCACAUGCACCGAUCGCGAACGAAUCUUCUCAACGCUGAUCGGGACAUGUAUGUAGAGGACGUAGAUGAGCACGAUCCGGAAUACCAGUCGCUGAAACGCAUACACCAUCAUCACCAUCAUCAUCACGGUGGAGCGGGCAAUGGUGGCAAACCAGUUGGCGAUGAUGUGCUGCCGAUCGAUGACGACUCCAUGCGUCGGCAUGAAAUGGAUCGAGGCAGCGAUCUCAACUACGAGCGUCGCGGCAGCUUUAAAAGACAAGGACACGCAGCACCACCACAGCUCGUUGCGCACGGCGAUGAUAUAGAGCCCCGCGAUCAGUACUUCAUCAAGGAUGGCAAUGCGGAAAUUCUGCGCUUGAUAACACGCGGACGAAACGAGGAGGAAAACAUCUACGUUAACAUACCCCAGCAACAACAGCAACAGCGGCCCGGUGCCGCUAAUCAGCCCCAGUACAUAAUGGUGGAUAAUGGUGGCAAGGAGAUUCUGAUGCGGCGGUACAUCGAGGAGCAAGCAAACGGGAAGCAAAUCAUACGGGAACACUAUCAGCUACUGCCUGGCACCACCUUCAUCCAGACCAUCCCGAACGAGGUGCCGGUGCGGAGGGGUGAACACGUGACUGAGGUGAAGAUCGGUGCAGCUCAGGGCAGUCGAAGCAAAAUGGGUGAGCAGGGUGAGAAUGAGGAUGGUAGUCGGUUAAAACCGGCCGUGUCAACCCAUUCCUUAAUGCACCAAGAACUGGAACACUCGCUCAAACAGCAGAACGCACUGCUACGUCAGAUUCUGCUGGAAAAGGAGAAACUUGAGGAACGCUACAACCAGUACGAGCAAGCACUCGAGACACAGAGCUUACCGUGCCAGUCAAUGGCGGUAGUGGUUGCGGCUACCCAAACCGACUGUGACACCGGUACGCAGACCGACCCGGUGCGUGCUGGUGCCGGUGGGAUCGGUGGACUCGGUAGACGACGAACGAAAAGUGAAAACGAUGACUCACUGUCGGAGGACGAGUACGAGUACGUGCGGUACAGUCCACCUGAUAGUCCAGAUGGUGUGUAUCUAAUCAAGCGUCGCCGACACCGCAAAAAGACGAAGCACCGGGCAGGAAAAGGUAGUUUCAGUGGAGAACACAGUGGCGGAGAGUCGAAUGGUGAGAGAAAGUCCAACCGGCGCAUCAUUGUGGUGGAAUCAGUGAAGCGUAAGAUCCGUACACCGAUUCAAGAAGAGGACGAUGAGCUAGUGCACCACGGGCAACAUCAUGGGCGUGAUCAUCACGGGCAGGGUAGCCAUCGCCGUGGUGGACAGGAAACGCGCACUAGUAUUCUACGCCGCAAGCGUAACGAAGAGUUAUCGCGAAGUAGCAAUGGGAAUGGUCACGGCAGCACGGGCAACGGUAAGGAUCAUCGGCUCAAGCGAGACGUGCUGAUGGAGAUUUCAGACUCGCUGCACGGUGAACAGGCUCGUGGUGGAGCACGGCGCAGCAAUGGAGUCGGCGGUGGUGGAGAAAAUCGACGGAAGAAAGUAUACCGAAAGAAUGUCAAAUACUACGAAGAUUCGGACGGCUCGGAAAAGGAAGUCGUUGUGCAAAAAAAUUACUUCUCCGCCGACAGCCUGGACGAGAUCACAUCGGACGUGGAGGACUAUCGGUACUCGGUGACGAAAACGUCCAAAUCGGUGACCGUCUCACCAAAGGCAUCCGUUGAACAGCACAUCUCGCGCCGUGACGACAAAACCGAAACGACCACCACCCGCAUCCGCCUCACAACCUCCGAGUCGCCUAGCCGACGUCAGUCCACCGGACCAAUCCCUGCUCCACCGCCACCAAAAGGUCCUGCGCCAAAACCACCGCGGAUGAGUAAAUCGCUCUCGAAGGAGGAAGGACUCAACGAGACAACGGCCGGUGGGGAACAGCACGCUGUAAACCCGAAGUACAUGGAUUGGUACUACAACUUGGGAAAGGAUUCUGAUUCGCUCGAAAAGCGCGAAGCCCGCAAACGUCAAGAGCAGCAGCCGGCUGCAGGUACAACAACGCUCACCACUACCACAACUAGCUCCACCACAACCAUUACGACGGGCGGUAGCCGAAAGAAGCCAGAUGUGGAAGCUGGCACCAAGGGUAAACCGGAACCAGCACCCCGUACCAGUCCACCGAAGGAGGCACGACUGCUAAAGGAAGACAUCCAGCACGCGCGCAAGGUACAACAGGCUCAGACCCAGCAGCAUCAACAUCCCGGCUCGGAAGCUGGUAACAGCCAUCCACUGCUCCAGCAUUCCGAGCACCGUUUCGAGGCAGAGUAUGGUACAGGGCCACAGGUACCCGCACCACCGGACAAGCUUCCGCACUAUCUCUACCCCGAAACGCCUCCCAUCGUUAGUCGAGACAACAAGGUACAGAUCAAGAUUGUCGACUCGUCAGCAGCACCGACCGGUCCGGCACCACAAACGGCAGCCAAACCGGCCGCCGGUGGCAGCACCAAACCAUCCAACACGACCGCCACGAAUGCGAAAACGCUCAACGUGUCCACGCUGGAAGACGACCACGAUUCGGGUAUCGCGAUGAACUCGCUGCUGCACACCAAGGGCAAACGCAACAAAAUUGCGGACAAGAAGAGCAUCUUCACCAUUGCGUACGACGAUGUGCGGAUCCGGCAGAUCCGGUCGGAGAGCGAUACACCGCCAUUCUCCUAACGGCGGGCGGGAAGCCUUCGGCAGCGAUCCAAACGACGCAAACGUACACCCUCGGCCGCCGAUCGACCACCGAAACGGUCCAGUGACUAGG